AUGGCUGCCGUGUCCGCUGCCACUGCUCGUGUCGCCAUGGCUGCUGCUCCCGUGCAAUCGGCAGUGCUUGCAUCGUCUUAUUCUUCUCGAUCAAGCUUUGCGGCAUGCCCUGUUUCGAGGCCGAGCCGUGCUGCUGGAGCGAAGCGCCUACCAGCAGGAAUCAGGUGCCAUGGUGAGGAGAGCGAGGCGGCUGUCGAUGGUCGCGCUUUCCGCCGAGCGUUGAAUAAGAGCGACAACUACAAUCGCAGCGGGUUCGGGUACAAGAAGGAGAUGCUGGAGCGGAUGGAGCAGGAAUACACGAGCGACGUGGUGAAGACUCUGCGCGAGAACAACAACGAGUACACGUGGGGCGACGUCACUGUCAUGCUCGCCGAGUCGCUCGGCUUCUGCUGGGGCGUGGAGCGCGCCGUGCAGAUGGCGUACGAGGCGCGCAAGCAGUUCCCCGACCAGAAGAUCUGGGUGACCAAUGAGAUCAUCCACAACCCCACCGUCAACGACAAAAUGGAGAGCAUGGGGAUGAGUUUCAUCGAGACGCGCGGGGACGGCAGCAAGGACUUCAGCGUGGUGGGCGACGACAACGUGGUGGUGCUGCCGGCGUUCGGCGCGUCGCUGCAGGAGGUGACCAUGUUCCACGACCGCAACGUGCAGAUGGUCGAUACCACCUGCCCCUGGGUCUCCAAGGUAACCCUCCUUACCUCCCCCUUCCUUCCCCCCUCCUUCUCCCCUCCUUCCCCCACUUCCCCCCCCCCCCCUCCCCCCCCUCCCCCCGUACCAGUGAUUCUUACCUCUCCCACCUGCGCCUCUUACCCCCUGGUAGGCUUACUGCCCCGAAUUCCCUUCCUCCACCCAUGCACUCUCCUCCUCCUCCUCCCAUACUCCUCCCGUGCUCCUCCUCCCAACCUCCCUCGUCCUCCCGUGCCCCCUCUCGCAUGUCCCGUGCGUUGCGUGUGCGGUGAGCAGGUGUGGGACACGGUGGACAAGCACAAGCGCGGGCAGUUCACGUCCGUGAUUCACGGCAAGUACGCGCACGAGGAGACGGUCGCCACCGCCUCGUACGCCGGCACCUACAUCGUCGUCAAGGACAUGAAGGAGGCGCACUACGUGUGCGACUACAUCCUGGGCGGCAAGCUGGACGGCUCCAGCGGAACUCGGGAAGGGUUCCUCCAGAAGUUUGCCAAGGCGGUGUCAAAGGGAUUCGACCCGGACACAGACCUGGAGCGCCUGGGCAUUGCGAACCAGACCACCAUGCUCAAGGGCGAGACUGAGAUGAUCGGCAAGCUGUUGGAGCGCACGAUGAUGAGCAAGUUCGGUGCCACCAACGUGAACUCGCACUUCAUGAGCUUCAACACCAUCUGUGACGCCACUCAGGAGAGGCAGGACGCGAUGUACGCGCUGGUGGAGAGGCCCAUGGACCUGAUGAUCGUGGUGGGCGGGCUCAACAGCAGCAACACGUCGCACCUGCAGGAGAUCGCCGAGCACAAGGGCAUCCCCUCCUACUGGGUCGACGAGCCCACGCGCAUCGGCCCUGGUAACCGCGUAACGCACAAGCUGUACUAUGGCGAGCUCAAGGAGACGGAGGGCUUCCUGCCGCCCGGCCCCAUCCGCAUCGGCGUCACUUCGGGGGCCUCCACCCCCGACAAGUGCCCCAUGCCCUGCACCACCUUCCCUGUGGCGUGCUUGGUGUGCCAAGUGCCCUGUGCCAUGUUCCUACCCCGCCCGUGCCCUGUGCUGCGCACCCAACCUAACCCUCCUCUGCCCUAUGCCAUGGUGGUGGAGGAUGUGCUGAACGCCAUAUUCGCCAUCAAGAAGGACAUGCCCGCACUGCAACCAGUCGCUUAG